AUGCAACUUUUUCAUCGAUACAAGAUCGAGUUUCACUUAGAAACAAAUUCUCUUUCUAUUUCAAAUCUAUUUCAACAUCCAACAAUUAUUCAUCAUGCUCAACACAUUCAUCAAACUAUGAAUGUGACAAAAAAUAUCCAUGACUACCAUUGGUCUUCAUUACAUAUCAUAAAAGGUAACAUAGAAUGUUUAAGAAUAUUCUAUUGACUAUAUUCUAUUUCUUUCUUGUAGCUAAAGCAUCAUUUGCUCAAGAACGUAUUUUCUUAGAUGAACAAAUUCGUUUCUCAUCAACAGGUAAUAAUACUAACAUGUACGUUAUUCCAUUAAUUUAUCGAAUUUCAUCUAUGAAUGAUCAUAUCUCUAUCUCACAAUUACAACGUGCAUUUCAAUCUAUUAUUUCUAAACACCAAAUUCUUCGAACAGCACUCUAUCUUGAUAUAAAUGGUACUAUUGUACAACAUUGUUUAGAUACAAACAAUAUUAUUCAUGAUAAAAAAUCAUCCAGAUUUUCAAUAAUUAAUCUUCUUGAUCAAGAACAUGAACAGAAUGAAAUAGUGAAGAUUUUAAAUCAAUCUGAUUUAUUUGAUUUAUCAAAAGGACAUAUUGUUAAUUGUCAUAUUCUUCGUCGUAAUCAAUCAAAUCAUCCACUCACUCACAAUAAUGAUGAUCUAUUGACUAAAGAUGAUCUUAUAUUAUUUACCAUUCAUCAUGCUUUUUUUGAUGGAGCAUCAGUAUCAAUCUUUAUUCGUGAUCUUGCUGUCGCUUAUCAAUCUAACGAUUUGCUUCCUAUCGAUGACAAUUCAUUACAAUAUAUAGAUUAUUCUAUUCAUGAACACAUAAUGGAUAUGACAUUAUCUCAAGAAUUUUGGUUGUUAGAACUCAAAGGAUACAAUCUCCUUCGACAAUUAUCAUUACCUGCUGAUCGACAUCGUGCAUCAACUAAUCAACAACGAUCAGGUUUAGCUUCUACAGCUGAAAUCAUUUUUGAUAAUGAAUUAUGCACAUCAUUCCUCAACUAUGCAUCGUCACAUCAUCUCACACUUUUUCAACUUGGACUAGCCAUAUUUUAUGUUUUCCUAUUCAAGAUAACUCAUGGUGAGACUGAUUUAUGUGUUGGUUCUAUUAAUGCUAAUCGAUAUCGAAGUGAAUUAGUGAAUAUGAUCGGAAUGUUUGUGUCAACAUUACCAUUUCGUGUGGAACUUGAUCCUCAUUGGUUAUUUGAUGAAGUUGUUAAAUAUGUACGAGAAAAAUGCUUGUCAAUUCUGGAACAUUCUCAUUAUCCUUUGCAACAUAUUCUUGAUGAUAAUCGAUUAAACCAAUCAAGUAUAUCGUUUCUUGAGACAAUGUUUGAUUUUAUCACUGUGUCAAAAGAUGUGGGACAUUUAUGUUUGA